GGAAGAUCACACAAGACUUCACCAGUGGUAAAAAUCAUCUACACUGUGCGAGCCAUUCAAGGUUUCCCAGCCAUGUCCACUAGAACCCUUACCUUGUGUUUAAUGCUUUAGGGAGCCAUUCGACGUUACACAGCGUGGAAUCUUCCCAUUUGGGUUGCCAUGGCAUUUGAUGGUGUGCCAUCAUGCUUCAUUGUGGAGUUGAGAUGGACCUAAUGUGGACAAUAAAUCAGAGUCAAAUUAAGGAUGUAGGAGGCAAAUUCCAAAUGGUAUCUUCUCUUUGAGAUACUGGGGGUUUCCAAACUUGUGAUAUGAUGUUACAUGGAUUUUUGAGCACAAACCAUUAAUUGAGGGAAAGAGGGGCCAGCUUCAUGUUCCUGUCGUCAUGAGAGUUCAGAGAAGGGUAGGCAUGGAUCUUGAUACAUAUCGUGGUUCAAUUAAUUUUUGAGUCGAACUGGUAGUGUAACACAGGCAUUCAAAAUUUUGAUUAUGGAAGGUCUUAGAUUUGAACCUUAAGCACAUCUAUUCUCCUAACAUUGGAAUCCAUGUCUAAAACAGUUGUUAAAACAAACAAUUGUAUACAUCAUCUUUCUCCGGAAUUUGCAUUGAUUUAGAUCUCAUUAGUAUUGUGGGUAUCUGUACAGGGAUAUUAGCAAUUAAAUAAUCUGUUCUCCACUUUUUUAGGGUUCCCAUGAGGAUUACAAACUGAAUUGUUGAUCAAAGGAUCCUAUUACCCAUAGUUAGCAUUAAAUUUGGCACAGCAUCCCUGCAAAUUGGAUCGUGAUCUUCCUGAGUUUUGGAUCUGCAUCCAGAAUUGGCAGCAUCACUGCCAUGAAACUUUAACCAUCUAAACUAUCCCCAAGAUGUUACUUGGGGAGUCGUGGACAAAUUUCUUAUUUGGAUCAAAUCCCUCUCCUAGCUGACUGAUGCAAAAAUUUUCAGUGGGAUUAGCAUGAAGAUUUAUUCUACAGAAAGAAUUCAAAAUUUUCUGACAUCACAGACGCUUCAUGGUCCACAUAUAAGAGUCUUCUCUAUGGUAAUGGAGUGAGCAGAGGACCCAAAGCUUGGCUGUGUCAACUGCUUACAAGAAAAAGGAUCUCGAUUGAAUUAUAUUUGCCUUGUUGACUCAUUCUUCACGAGUCAAAAGGGACCCUUUUCUUAAUGCUCUGAAAUUUAGUGGCCACUCCAAGCCAAUGGUAAAUUCAUAGUUUGACAUUUAACACAGCUCCAUGAUUUAUUUAUACACCAAAUUUGGAGUUGUAUAGCGUAUGAUAACAGCUAACAAACUUCUGGGGAAGACCAGUGGAAGUGGCGUCCAACCACGUAUCACUAGAGCAUUGGUGAAGUAGUCAUGGUUACCCGCUUAGUCAACCCAGUGCCACUAGAGUCAAGCUUGGAACUUGGAUAAAGUCCACCUUUGCUGAUGACUUCUACAGUUCUACUUCAUCAAUAUGCAUGUACGCUGCUUUCAAUAAGAGAAAAGAUUUUCCCCGACUUUCCUGAGAUUCCGAUAAAUGGAGCGACGAAGUCAAAUCCCCCAUUAAAGUUAGCAGACAAGCAUAUGGAGUUGUUUAUCAAAUAAAAUCAAAAGGGUGGGGGUUCUGUGUCCUAAAAAUGUGUUCCAACCGCCUCAAAAUCCCAAAUGCCUUGCUCUGUUUUUUAGUCAUUCUUUUCUCCCACAAGGUUGAGUCCUGGAGCUCUGCGGUUCUAAACAUUCUGUUGGCUGAAAUUUUCAACUUCAAACAAGGGUGGAGGAGAUAGAAGAGGGGCAUUCUUUUGGAUGAUAUCUCUGAAUAAUGCAUGAUACAAUUAUAAAAUCCCCCAAUUGAAGUCACAACAAGGGUCUCCAUUCAGCAUCAUGGCUUCUGGUAUUUUAAAAUCUGUAAGAUUUUAUGAUGAUCUUGAAAUAGACAAACCCGCACCAUCUGAGAACGGCAGUGACUUGGAGCUCAUCGACGAGGCCAAUGAGAAUCAAAUUCAUGAGUCAUGCUUGAAGAAGGCUGGGGAGAAUACAUUUGUAAAGCCCUUGCAUGAGAGAGAACUUUCCAGAGUCUUCUCUGAGGACUAUGAGGUGGUGAAGAAGAAGAUAUUCGAUCCUAGAGGACCUGUCAAAAACCGAUGGAACAAAAUUUUCUUGGUAUCAUGUUUGAUAUCUCUUUUUGUGGACCCUCUGUUUUUCUACUUACCAGGGAUGAAGAAAGGCAUGUGCAUGGAUAUAAGUCAAUCCCUUGAAAUAGCCCUCACAGUCGUUAGGUCAACUGUGGAUACAUUUUACAUGAUUCAGAUUUUUGUUCGAUUUAGAACAGCUUAUGUUGCUCCUUCCUCUCGUGUAUUUGGAAGGGGAGAGCUGGUUAUAGACCCUUCAAAGAUCGCUUCAAGAUACCUGCAUAAAGACUUCUGGCUUGAUCUUGUAGCUGCUGUGCCUUUUCCACAGAUGCUGAUCUGGGCGGUAAUCCCAAAUCUAUGGACUUUGAGGACAAUCAAUUUAAGACUGGUUCUUCACCUCAUUAUCAUUUUUCAGUACCUCCUGAGGCUCUAUAUCAUCUUUCCACUCUCAUCUCAAAUUGUGAAGACCACAGGGGUGGUGACAGAAACAGCAUGGGCAGGAGCAGCCUACAAUCUGAUUCUCUAUAUGUUGGCAAGCCAUGUCGUAGGAUCCUGUUGGUACCUAUUGUCGACAGAGAGGCAGGAAGAGUGUUGGAGAAAAGUUUGUAGUCUUCAAGAGUCAGAAUGCAACUAUUGGUUUCUUGAUUGCAACAGUUUGCAAGACCCUCAUAGAGCUGCUUGGUUCAAAUCAAGCAACAUCUCAACUCUGUGUGACCCAAGUGGUGACUUCUUUCAGUUUGGAAUUUAUGCUGAUGCUCUCUCUUCUGGAGUUGCAUCCUUGAAGUUCUUCAACAAAUUCUUCUACUGCCUCUGGUGGGGCAUGAGAAACCUGAGCUCUUUAGGACAGAAUCUUUCGACAAGCAUGUGCGUUGGAGAAAUAAAUUUUGCAAUUAUUAUUGCAAUUCUUGGAUUGGUGCUUUUCGCCCUGCUUAUUGGGAAUAUGCAGACAUACCUCCAGUCCACAACUGUGAGACUAGAAGAGUGGAGGAUCAGGAAGGCUGAUACCGAACAAUGGAUGCAUCACAGGCAGCUACCACGUGAAUUAAAGCAGAGCGUUCGAAGGUACAAUCAGUAUAGAUGGGUUGCCACCAGCGGAGUUGAUGAGGAAGCUAUACUUAAAAGUCUCCCAUUGGAUCUCCGGCGAGACAUCAAGCGCCACCUCUGCCUUGACCUAGUUCUAAGAGUGCCACUCUUUGCUCAGAUGGAUGAGAGGAUGCUAGAUGUAAUAUGUGAAAGACUGAAGCCUGGUCUAUGUACUCCAGGCACUUGCCUGGUCCGGGAGGGUGACCCUGUCAGUGAGAUGCUCUUCAUUGUCAGAGGCCACCUAGAUUCUUACACUACCAAUGGUGGCCGCACCGGGUUCUUCAAUUCUGGCCGCAUUGGCCCCACUGACUUCUGUGGCGAGGAGCUGCUGACAUGGGCACUGGACCCGCGUCCAGGUGUCAUUUUACCGUCCUCUACGCGCACAGUUAUGGCCCUCACUGAAGUGGAAGCUUUUGCCCUCAUUGCUGAUGACCUGAAGUUUGUAGCUUCUCAGUUCCGAAGACUGCACAGCAAGCAGCUGAGGCACACUCUCAGGUUUUACUCCCACCAGUGGAGGACAUGGGCUGCAUGCUUUAUACAAGCGGCUUGGUUUCGCUACAAGAGGCGGAGAGAGGCGUCUGAGCUUAAGGCUAAGGAGAGUUCUGCGGCCUCUGGGCCUGACCAGGGAAUCGAGCAAAAGGCAGGCUUAGCAGUCUAUGCUGUAAAACUUGCAGCCAGCACUAGGAGGGGUGGAUCCGAUUUUGACAUCCGCCCAUUGCAAAAGCCGAUGGAGCCUGAUUUUACAGUAGACGACAGAUAAGCUGUUGUAUUAUAGGAAAGGUCAUUACAUUGAUCGGGGAGUUGUAUAUAUAGGCAGUUGUCUUGAGUUCAAUUUGCCGAUUCGUGGGGUGAGGGAGCUGUACUUAUAUUAGGUGAACUCUAGCUCUUAUUUUGUCUAAAUGAUCAUUUCAAUUCAAGAAAAUGAGCAUUCCAUUGAGAAUUACAGGAAUCAAAA